UUCCAGUCUCCAGAAGCCGCGGCCGCGGUGCCGCCUCCGCCCCGGGGCUCAGGCUUCCAGCCCGGCCCGCCCGGUUUGCGGGCCAUGGAGCUCCGAGCAGUGGAUCGAGAACAGCCGGAGCGUCCCAGCCUACCCGUCUGGUGCCUGGCUGCCACCCCUUCCCAGCCUGAGCCCUGGAGACAGCAGCCCCCAGGCUGCUGAGCAGCGGCAACAGCAUGAAGGCUCCGGGUCGGCUCCUGCUUGUCAUCCUGUGCUCCUCGGGCUUCUCAGCUGCCUACAUCCUGCUGUGCUGCUGGGCCUGCCUGUCCUUCUGCCUGGCCCCCUGCCUGGACCCCCACCCGUCCACCAACUCCAGGCCCACUGUGCCAGGGCCCCUGCACUUCAGCGGAUAUAGCAGCGUGCCAGAUGGGAAGCCACUGGUCCGGGAACCAUGCCGUAGCUGUGCCGUGGUGUCCAGCUCCGGCCAGAUGCUGGGCUCGGGCCUGGGCGCGGAGAUCGACAGUGCCGAGUGCGUGUUGCGCAUGAACCAGGCACCCACCGUGGGCUUUGAGGCGGACGUGGGCCGGCGCAGCACCCUGCGCGUGGUCUCGCACACGAGUGUGCCCCUGCUGCUGCGCAACUACUCCCACUACUUCCAGCACGCCCGUGACACGCUCUACGUGGUGUGGGGCCAGGGCAGGCACAUGGACCGGGCGCUGGGCGGCCGUACCUACCGCACACUGCUACAGCUCACGAAGAUGUACCCGGGCCUGCAGGUCUACACCUUCACGGAGCGCAUGAUGGCCUACUGCGACCAGGUCUUCCAGGACGAGACGGGCAAGAACCGGAGACAGUCCGGCUCCUUCCUCAGCACCGGCUGGUUCACCAUGAUCCUUGCCCUGGAGCUGUGCGAGGAGAUCGUGGUCUACGGAAUGGUCAGCGACAGCUACUGCAGGGAGGAGAGCCACCCCUCGGUGCCUUACCACUACUUUGAGAAGGGCCGGCUGGACGAAUGUCAGAUGUACCUGGCCCACGAGCGGGCGCCCCGCAGCGCCCACCGCUUCAUCACUGAGAAGGCCGUGUUCUCCCGCUGGGCCAAGAAGAGGCCCAUUGUGUUUGCCCACCCAUCGUGGAGGACCCAGUAGCCCCAUCGCCUAGCCAGCCACAAGGCCCUCACCGGGCCUCUGUUCCACACUCCACCGGAAACAUUUAAUUUAUGGAUCCUGUCUCCUGCCACAUGCCUAGUGGACCUAAGGUCCCUUCUGGCCCUACCCUGGGGACACUUGGAGCCAUCUUAGGCCUCCCGACUUGAGGGGGAGAAGAGGAGGACUGUGGUGACCUUUGCAGCCCUUCCCUGCACCCCACUUUCUGAGUAAUCCAAAUCUUCAUUUUGGGGUUCACCCCCCCUCUGGGUCUGUCCAGUGGCCUUUGCCCCCGGGGCUGAUGGCCCCUCAACUCACCAGCAUUGUGAUCUUCGAUCUUUCAACAGCCCUGGUCCUUCUUCACUGUCCCCCCUCCACCUGCCUUUGGUGCCACAUUUCCCAGGCUGGAGCUUGGGGUUCGUUGGGCGAAGGGGCCUUUGAACUGUGACUGCCAGGGCCACCUCUGGAGUGUACGGGUAAACAUGUGUUUUCUGGAA